CAGUGAUUGCUGCUCGUCCGAGUCAGUCUGGGCCGGGGCACCGGCGGGCGACCGCAGAUGGGGCCUCGAGCCAGGGUGCCCCGCGGGGACUCGGAGCAGGUGCGCUACUGCGCGCGCUUCUCCUACCUCUGGCUCAAGUUUUCGCUCAUCAUCUACUCCACAGUGUUCUGGAUCCCUCAUGAUUGCUUCCUGCCCUGCCCAGGGAGAGCUGGAACCACCACACCCCAGGGCAGCUGGAAGUCCCUCCCAAGAUGGCCCCAGGGCCCCCAGGCUGUCCCCUGUCUCCUGACAGAGCUGAUCGGUGCCCUGGUCCUGUCCGUGGGGAUCUAUGCAGAGGUGGAGCGGCAGAAGUACAAAACCCUGGAAAGUGCCUUCCUGGCCCCAGCCAUCAUCCUCAUCCUCUUGGGGGUUGUCAUGUUCAUCGUCUCCUUCAUCGGUGUGCUGGCCUCCCUGCGGGACAACCUGUGCCUUCUUCAAGCGUUUAUGUACAUCCUUGGGAUCUGCCUCAUAAUGGAGCUCGUUGGUGGUGUGGUGGCCUUGAUCUUCCGGAACCAGACCAUUGACUUUCUGAAUGAUAACAUUCGAAGAGGAAUUGAGAACUACUAUGACGACCUGGACUUCAAAAACAUCAUGGACUUUGUUCAGAAGCAGUUCAAGUGUUGUGGCGGGGAAGACUACCGAGAUUGGAGCAAAAACCAGUACCACGACUGCAGCGCCCCUGGCCCGCUGGCCUGCGGGGUGCCCUACACCUGCUGCAUCCGGAACAAGACAGAUGUUGUCAAUACUAUGUGUGGCUAUAAGACCAUCGACAAGGAGCGCCUCAGCGUGCAGAACAUCAUCUACGUCCGGGGCUGCACCAACGCCGUGCUCAUCUGGUUCAUGGACAACUACACCAUCAUGGCGGGGCUCCUGCUGGGCAUCCUGCUCCCCCAGUUCUUGGGGGUGCUGCUGACGCUCCUGUAUAUCACCCGAGUGGAGGACAUCAUCAUGGAGCACUCUGUCACCGAUGGGCUCCUGGGCCCUGGCACCCAGCCCAGCAUGGAGGCGGUGGGCACAGGGUGCUGCUUGUGCUACCCUAAUUAGGGCUGUGCCUGGGAUGGUGGCUUCAGCAGGACUGUGCCGGGUGGCAGUGCUUGGUCCACUCAGGCUGGACAGGGCUGCACUGUGGUCCCCCUGUCCACGUGGCACUGACCAGGGCCCAGGCUGUGUGGCAUCCCAUGGCCCCUGCCCUGGGGGUGGCCUGAGCCUCCCGUAAGAGGCUGCUGCACCGCUGUGUGCUCAGAAUUCUGUGCCCACACUGCAGGGCCACGGACCCCGCCGUGCCUGCUUCAGGCCUGGGCUGUGGGGUCAAGGGGAGCUGAGUGCUUGGCUGUGGCCCAUUUUAUUUCUGACAGUGCCUUGGCCGGUGGUCGUUAUGCCCUGCUGGAGGGCAGUUUUCCAGUAAUUUGUGAGUGGGAAGAGAAGAGUGACUCCAUAGGGCUGGAGGGACAGGGUGCAGCCCCAGCCCCCGUGCCCUGGCCACGCCCCAGGAACCCUGGCAGGCCAUUUCUCUUGUGCCUUGAGCCCCCUGCAAGGGCUUCUGCUUUGCUGGCCCAUUUUCUAAGUGAUUUUUGUAACAUCUGCAUUUUGUAUACAGUUAACAGGAGUUCCCGACUACCCAGAGCCAGAGGUUUCCCCACACGCCCCUCUUGCCCCACUAGUCAGUUCUUUAAUCAGACAAUAAAGACUUGAGUUUUUUC